AUGGCCAUUGACUGGAUUAAAAUUUUUGAUGACCUUGCAAAAGAAACCUCCGAGGAUUUCCUUGGUGGUGACUUACAAGAUGGCCAUUUUGCACGCCAUUUCCAAGAGUUAGCCAGAUUGAUCGGUGCCACUUCUGAUCUAGAUAAUCAGGAAUUGAGAAACCAGUUUAUCUCCCAAAAUCCGGAGGUUUUCGAAAAAAUUGAAGGGGUUAUCGAAAAUAGUCACAGUAUUCUGGCAGAUGAUAUAAAUCUCACCACAAAGCUACGGCUUCUCAGAGGAUUUAUCUUGUUACUAAGGAACAUAUUAGUAAUUGAUAACCAACAGCAACUGAUCAAGGAUUAUGGAGAAUUAUGUGACAAUUUAAUCAGAUUGCACAAAAUAGUAUUGAAGAGUCUUAUAUUUGUUACAAAAUCUUUCCAUGAAACCAAUAUUGUUGAUGCCAGCUUCUUUAUUUCAAAAUUGGUGCCAUGCUAUUUGCAGUGUCUCACAAACUUAUCAGGGAAUUUCAAAAACGCAGUUAUCCAACAAAUUAACCCGGAAAAUGUUGUCUAUUCGGAAAAACCUGAGGAUUAUCAUCUCAUCAUCCAGUAUAUCACCGAACUAUUCCAGUUGAACACGACUCAUUCGUUCUUUAGCCCUGAAAACCAUGAAAAUUAUAACUUGUUGCUAAUUUAUUUAAACCAUUUCAUUGUGAACAACUAUAGCAUUUUUAAUCACGAAUUAAGAAAUUUUAGCGAAGAUGAGGUCACAAAUGGGUUUUUGUACCACUUGUUGAAUAAUGAAUCACCAGAGAUAGUUGAAGCGCUAAGUGAAUGGUUUAUCGAGCUUCAUGAUGAGCUUCAUUAUGGGGGUGAUGACGAAGAUAAAAUUGUGGAAAUUAAGCAAGAAUCAGCCGACAAGAAUCAGACGUUUGUAACUUUUUCAUCUAUUUUCAAAAAUAUAAUCAUUCAUGAAAGUUUUGGCAAGUUUUUCACCAUUAAUAGACCUAACAAGAAAAUGUCAACUAACUUGAUUCUUAUCUCCCAGAUCCUUUUAACCAACUUCUCUAAUCUCUCCAAUUUGAAGUUAGUGAUAAUUCUCACCUGGUUGAUGAAUUUCUACGAAUCAUUGUUGGCAGAAGCCACUGAAUAUUUUGAUCAACCAGGCAAUGUUGUGGAUGUCAAAUCAUUGAAUGAUAGUUUAUUCAUGGUAUUGGAUAUCUUCACCAGUCUAUUGACAUACGACUAUUCCAUUCAAUAUUUGAAUAAUUACACAUUCUUAACCAAGCUCAUUGAUUUGUUGAAGUUAUUACAAAAGCAUGUCCAGCCCAUCUCAAAACUUUCGUUGGCUACCAAAGCCGCUCAUUUGCCAUCCCAGUUUCCUAAUUUGAAGAAACUAUUGAUAGAGAAUAUAACAUACUUAGUUUCCAAGAAUUUUGACAACCAAGAACUUGUCAGAACAUCGCACGCCUUAGAGAUUGUGUUGUCCAAUUGUAUUAUAGACCAAUUGAAUCCUUACAUCAAAGAGACCGCGAUUAUUUGUAUCCGAUACUUGUUGGAAGACAAUAAAGAGAACCAAGAUUUUGUCAGAAAGCUAGAAGCGAAGAAGGUUGUCAAUGAGGACGAGUUGAAAGAUAAAGGGGUUGAAUUGGAACUUGUUGAUGGCAAAGUGCAAUUCAAGAAGAAUUGA